CCAAUGCCAGUUUGAUAUUCAAAGCUGGUCAAGCAACUGGGGAUUAUCACGGACAAAUGAAUCGCGAAAAUUUUAUGAAAUGGCUGGAGGAAAAAUUAAUUCCCAAUAUUCCGGCUAAUUCAGUGGUCAUCUUUGAUAAUGCACCAUAUCAUUCCGUGCAAGAGAAUAAAGUGCCGACCAAAUCAAGCACCAAGAAAACUAUGAUCGAUUGGUUGACGGCAAAUGGAAUAUCUCACAACCCAGCUGAACGCAAAUGGGAGUUGUUCCAGUUGAUUCAACAACAUAAACCACCUGAGGAUGAAAAAAACUACGUAGUAGAUAGAGUAUUAAGUUCAUAUGGACAUACUCCGUUGCGUACACCACCUUAUAUGUGCGAUCUCAACCCAAUCGAACUGAUAUGGGCCCAGUUGAAACAUUUUGUUCGUAGUCGCAACACUACUGGCGACAUAUCCAUUAGAAAUUUAAUAGAACAAGUACAACUGGGCAUUGCUUCUAUCACACCUACAAUAAAUUUUAUGUAUGUUUAA